AGAUUCUCAACUAGUUAAGCAUAAAACCGUCGCAAGUAACAUUCAGGUAGCCUGAAUAGUCGAUCUUCUCGAAGCGCAUCCCAGUUUCGGCCAUUUCUAGGCAGCCAUUUCUAGGCAGCCAUUUCUAGGCAGCCAUUCUUCCUCUUGAACACUCUCUACCGUUUCUUGAGGCGCCUCAAAAAUCGUUUCCGCCUUGUGACAUCUUGUGAAAUCAUCUUGUGAUAUCCCGCAUUGCUCAACCAUAGUAAUCCACUGUUACUCCUGCGAUUACCUGUUUCCUCUGCGACUCCCGUUGUCGCACAGGGCGACGCGAUGACGCUGAAGGCAGCGAUCGCGACGUGGGCCCGUCGCGUGUGCGACCCGCGCGACACCAAGGCGGCGUGGGCCGUCGCACGGCUGCUUCUGAUCGCAGAGGCACUGCUGUGCUCCGCGAUCAUCGCUAAAGUCCCCUACACCAAGAUCGACUGGGACGCGUACAUGUCGCAAGUGACGGGCUUCCAGCAGGGCGAGCGCGACUACUCCAAGCUGGAGGGCGACACGGGGCCACUCGUCUACCCAGCUGGCUUCCUCCUCUCCUUCUCCGCCCUGAAAUGGGUCACAGGAGGGGUGGUUGCAAACGCCCAGGUUGCCUUUGCCGUCCUCUACCUCCUCAACCUUCUCAUGGUCUUCGCCAUCUACAUUCGAACACAGGCGGUGCCCCCCUGGGCGCUCGUCCUGCUGUGCCUCUCCAAGAGAAUCCAUUCCAUCUUCCUGCUCCGCCUCUUCAACGACUGCCUCGCCAUGGCCUUCCUGCACGCCGCGUUACUCAGGCUGCAGUCGUCCAGAUGGAUCCCCGCCGUCCUACUCUUCAGUGCAGGCGUGUCAGUCAAGAUGAAUGUGCUCCUCUUCCUCCCUCCUCUCCUUGUCAUCAUGGCCAAGCACUCUCUAUCUGUCGCCAUUCCAUUCUACUCUCUCUCGCCAUUCCAUUCUACUCUCUCUCGCCAUUCCAUUCUACUCUCUCUCGCCAUUCCAUUCUACUCUCUCUCGCCAUUCCAUUCUACUCUCUCUCGCCAUUCCAUUCUACUCUCUCUCGCCAUUCCAUUCUACUCUCUCUCGCCAUUCCAUUCUACUCUCUCUCGCCAUUCCAUUCUACUCUCUCUCGCCAUUCCAUUCUACUCUCUCUCGCCAUUCCAUUCUACUCUCUCUCGCCAUUCCAUUCUACUCUCUCUCGCCAUUCCAUUCUACUCUCUCUCGCCAAUUCUCCCGCCUCGCCUCACUGCCUCACUGCCUCACUGCCUCACUGCCUCACUGCCUCACUGCCUCACUGCCUCGCCUCACUGCCUCACUGCCUCACUGCCUCACUGCCUCGCCUCACUGCCUCACUGCCUCACUGCCUCGCCUCACUGCCUCACUGCCUCACUGCCUCGCCUCACUGCCUCGCCUCACUGCCUCACUGCCUCACUGCCUCGCCUCACUGCCUCGCCUCACUGCCUCGCCUCACUGCCUCACUGCCUCACUGCCUCACUGCCUCACUGCCUCACUGCCUCACUGCCUCGCCUCACUGCCUCUCAGCUUCUUCCCUUGGUGCAAAUAGCGGGCCUCCUUGCUGCAGCAGUCGCCUUCCAGCUCCUGGUUGGCUGGCCGUUCAUCAGCACCUUCCCUCAAGCUUACUUUGGUCGGGCGUUUGACCUCGGACGGGUCUUCAUCCACUUCUGGUCAGUCAACUUCAAAUUCGUGCCCGAGUCAACCUUUGUCUCCAAGCCAUUUGCUCUCUCCCUUCUGGGGCUGCACCUCCUGCUGCUGCUGCUCUUCUGCCACUUCUGCUGGUGCAAGUACGAGAGCGGCAUGUUUCGAGUCGCCAUCGCUGCGCUGCUCUCUCCGUUCAAACGACUGCAGACCCGCCCCUUGCAUCCUGACCAUAUCACCUAUCUCAUGCUCGUUGGUAACUUUAUCGGCAUCUUCUGCGCCCGCAGCCUGCACUACCAGUUCUACUCCUGGUACUUCUUCUCUAUCCCCUACCUCCUAUGGGUUGCUCCUCUCCCCACGCCACUAAGACUGCUCCUGUGGCUGACCAUCGAGCUUUGUUGGAACAUCUACCCCUCCACCCCCGCCUCCUCCCUCUCCCUCCUCCUCACCCACCUCUCCCUCCUCCUCGCCCUCUGGAUGGCGCCCCCCCGCCUGCCUUUCGGGGCAGACGAGCAGUCGUGGAAGGGGGGGUUGGAGGCAAAUAUGGAAGGCAUGGGGAAAGAGGAGAGGGAGGCCAUGUGGCAGCGGUAUGUGGAGCAGGCUACGAGGGAGGCGCAAGCUGCUGCUGCAGCAGAGGCAGCGGCAGCAGGAGAGGGGUCUGUAGAGUCAGCAGCAGCAGCGGCAGCAGCAGCAGAAGGGUCUGCAGAGGGGACAGCAGCAGCAGACGGACCGUCACGAGAGGGGGCGAGUGGAGGGAGGAAAGCAGCAGGUUCAACAAAGAAAAAGGCAGUGUAAGGCGGCUGGCAGGGGAAGGAGGUUACCUGGCAGAGACUUAUUGGAAUGCAAGCAAGGCAAGCUGUGUGCAGUGGCAGGUUCCAACAUGAGAAGGGCGGCUGUGUUGCAGCAGCAAGUGCGGGUGGGGGCAGGAGAGGGGCAGGUCAGGAGAAGAGGAGUGUGGAGAAUUGUCGCUGGCUGCACUUGUAAGUGGCACAGUGCCAGCAGCAGAGGAGGCAGGAGAGGAGCGGACCCGGGGCAGGGGAUGUGUGGGCCUCUGAGUCACAGGCCGAAUUUCAGAGGCGGAAGAAGCAGCUGGUGGGGAGUUACGGUACAGGCUGGCUGCAAGCCAAGGUUUGUCCCAUGAAAGCUGACGCUGCAGCUGCAGCUGAGGCAACUCAAGCUGCCCUAAGCUAGAUGAGCAAGCUUGCUUAGGAGAAUUCAGGAGCUACAUGUUUGUACGGCUAAAAUGGCCUACGCGCAAAGCUUUUACAGCAAGGAAA